AUGGAAAUUCUAAGAGAUUUUAACGGUGUGGCGAAUGGUAAUUUGAACAAUGGUGGCUUUAAUGGAAAUAGUAAUGGUAAUUCAAAUAACGGAUCGUUCAACGGAAAUCAAAAUGGCAAUAAUAAUAACGGCUCAUUCAGUGGAAACUCGAAUGGCGUUAAUAACAAUGGUGACUCUAAUGGUAAUAAGAACGGGAACGAUAAUAAUGGAUCAUAUAGCGGAAAUUCUAACGGUGUCAAUAAUGAAGGAUCGCUCAAUGGUAAUCAGAAUGGUAAUAAUAGUACUGGUGAUCUUAAUGGAAACAAGAACGGUAAUGAGAAUACGGGUGAUAGUAAUGGAAAUCAGAACGGAAGCAGUAAUAAGGGAUCGCUCAAUGGCAAUUCCAACGGAAACAAAAAUAAUGGAACCGCCAACGGUAACCAAAAUGGAAGGAAUAAUGAGGGAACACUCAAUGGCAAUUCUAACGGAAACAACAAUAAUGGAACCGCUAACGGUAACCAAAAUGGAAUCAAUAAUAAAGGAUCACUCAAUGGCAAUGUUAACGGAGACCAAAAUAAUGGAACCGCCAACGGUAACCAAAAUGGAAGCAACAAUAUUGGAGAUAACAAUGGAAACGAAAAUGGGGUCACGAAUGCAGGAAGUGACAACGGAAAUCAAAAUGGAAAAGGCAAUACUGGAAGUAACAACGGAAGCAAAAACGGAAACAGCAAUAUUGGAAGUCAAAGCGGAAAUAGGCCAUUUAACCAAAAUGAUCACUUCAACUGA